CAGCUGCAGCUGGCAGGUGGGGCGGGAGCCGGCGCCAGCUAACCACGCACUCGGCCCGGCCGGCGGGGCUGCCGCCCGGGACAGCGGGCGCCCGGGACCUGUGCUGACUCCGCCCGGGGAAGUUUCCUGACUAUCUGGGAAGGCCUGGUUUCCCCAAAGAAGCAGUUUCUGGUAGAAGUCUGAAGGUAAUUUGCAAGAAAAAAAGAAAUCCAAUAUAGUCAAUGAAUUAAGGACAAGAAGGUUUCCAAUCAGUCCCUGCUAUGUGGAUAUUUGUUAGCAAUGACUGAUGUGGAAACUACAUAUGCAGAUUUUAUUGCUUCAGGAAGAACAGGUAGAAGAAAUGCAAUACAUGAUAUCCUGGUUUCCUCUGCAAGUGGCAACAGCAAUGAAUUAGCUUUGAAAUUAGCAGGUCUUGAUAUCAACAAGACAGAAGGUGAAGAAGAUGCACAGCGAAAUUCAACAGAACAAAGUGGGGAAGCCCAGGGGGAAGCAGCAAAAUCUGAAAGCUAACACCCCACUUUGACCUUCAGCAACACCUGACAAUGUCUCAAAUCUCCAGACGUGGCUGGAAUGCAUUUGUUUCCACGAGUGAAAAGGGGAAAAAGAAAAUGGCUGUGCUGCAUUACAGGAACCUGCUCAUUAUUAUGUUAAAAAUGGGGGCAGAGGCUGUGGCUGCAGACAGACUUUUCUCUACCUCUGUCAUUAGCAAUGGUUGAAAUCAUGUGGCUUAAGUUUGGACGUCAUUUCUGUAUGGAUCCUUUCACUUGACCAUAUGAUGAAAUGCUUGUAGAGAGUAGCACAGACCUAGAUGAUGAUUCUUCCUAUAGCAUCUGGCCCCUCACAAUGUCAGAGGAUUUAAUUGUGUCUAAUUGCAAAGGGUUGGUUGAACCCCAGAGUUUUAGUAUCUCUGGCUCAAGUAUUCACCUAGUAAAAGAACCAUCCAGAAAGCACUGUUUUUAGCAUUAUGUACCUGUGUGUUACUGCUGCGUUAUUUACACUGUUUUGUAUUGUACAAUAUAUACGCUCAGCACUGCCCCCUUCUUUGACUGCUUAUGAAAAACAAAAAUGAUGUACAUUACUGUGAAUUUUUAUACCACUCAUUUUUAAAAGAGCAUCCCUUUUUUUUAUUUUCCAUAGUGUGAUGGUGUACACAGGAUAGAACACACUUUUUUAAAACCUAACCUUUCCCCUUAAUCAUUGUUUGUUGGUGAAUUGAUUAAGUCUAACAGAUUCAUCAAGACUCCUUAGCUUUGUUAUCCAGGCAUUUGAAAAUAUCCAUUAAUGUGAAUAUUACCCAAAUUCAGUAUGUUGGGUGUCUGCACAGACCUGAAUUCAAUCUGUCAAAUUUUGUUUUAUUUACGAGUGGAAAACUUCUCCCAACUAAUAUUUUUAUUUUUAAUUAUGAGAAUUUUGAAGAAUUGGAAAGGUAGGAAAGAAAAUCCAAGACAAUACUAAGAACUGGAUAUAUUUUAUUCAAUGGAAUCAAAUUUCUCACAAUGCUGUAUGAUACUAUUUAAAUUUGGAGGACAACUUAUUUCCACCAGGCUGAAAAAGAUGGAGAAAGUGAUCUUGCAAUCCUGUGGACACCAAUCACAAAAGUGAAGCGCUCGUAUUGUGUUUUUCAUGUCUUUUUUCAGCCCUAUGAGAUUCAAAUGUUAUUAUGCACUUUUUAAUGUUUGUAAACUUUUACUAAUAAUUAGUGUGAAUUGCAUUCUGAUAUAAUUAUCAUCAUUAGAAGCUAACAGAUCCUCAUCAAUGCUGUCGUUGGCCUCUGCUGUGUUUCGACAUCAUGGUUCUUGUAUGGAAAAUUUCUAUGAGCUGCGAAUCCCUCUGGUCAGUAUUAUAAAAUCAUUUAAUGGUGGUAAUAAGUAAGGAACCAGUAAUAUGCCAAAGGUUCAUGAAUUACUGUACAAAUAGCAGACAACAGGAAGUCCCUUUACAAUAAAGAGCCUCCUUAACUGUCCUUGAGGGCUUAGAUACAGUUCCAGGUGAAGCAGAGAGCAGCAUUUCAACUGGUGAUCUGUGUGGCUAUGCCAGGGACUCAGGCCUUCUCUGUAGUUACAUACAGAUGAAAGAAAAGUCUGCUCACAUCUCCCUUUAUAGCACUUUUCAACUGCCUGGGAUAAGACAAUCAAUAUCAAUAAGAUAUUACUAGAAAAAAUGUUAACAAUAUAAGUCUUUCCAAGAACAGAAAGAAGAAAGAGUACUUCCUUCUAUCCAACCCAUCAGUGUCCAAAAUGUCCAGUUAAAAUUCAAACAAAUCCAUCUGUUUAGACUCACAAGUAUAAAGAGAGGUUCGUGGGGCUAUUUUAGACAAUCUCUGAUAGUAUGUUUAAAGCUUCCAACCCAUAUAAUCAGUUUUCAGUAUCCUCAUGUACUAUCCUCAUAGCUUUCUUGUGAAUCUAAAGUUCUCUUCCUUAAAGUUGUGUAAUUACAAACUUAUUUCAUGUGAUUUUGUAAAGUUUAGAACCUGUGCUGAGUAUAUGUGGAGGGUUUAUAUUCCUAUGUGGUGUACUAUUAUUAAUGCAUGUGAUGCCAUGCUUGUUUUUGAAUAUAUAAAUAGUGCUAAAUUGCAAGUCAUAUGGAGCUUUUGAUUUAGUUUGACCUCUUACUGCUACUUUGCUAUAUUUAAACCCAUAGGCAUUCUCAAACUGGGAAGAUAAAAAUCAACUUUCCAAAAUGUCUGCAUCCUAUAAAUUUUGCUUAGCAAAAAUUCAAAGUAUCUUCCAGAUUUCAUUUUAAUAUAUUUUAUUUGCAAGUCAAUAAUGCACAUGGAUCUGAAUUUUUAAGGAAAGAAGAAAAGGGUAAGAAACCAAGGCAUUGAUUUGAUAAUAGGCCUUUGAUCCCUGUUAAGCAACUAUACCUAUGCUAAUCACUUGGCAUAUGUUCUCCCAUUUAAUCUUCAAACAAUUCAAUUAGAAUGGAAUCUUUAUCCCAUUUCAAAGAUUAGGAAAUUAGCACCUGGUAAGGUAUAACUUUUGCAAACUUAAAAAGCUAAUAAGUAAUGAAAUUCAGAUUUGAACCCAUGUUUGUCUGUCUCCAAAAAACUUUCUACUCCACAUGCCAUAAAAUUAAAGCCAAUUACAGAGCAUGUUUAUUUGUAAGGGAACUUUUAGAGAUGGACUUGUUCAGCCCUUAUAUUUUAGAGAAGGAAACUGAGUCCCAGAAAGGGGAAUUGCCUUUUUCAAGGUUACCCAGAUGGGUAAUUAUACAGAUGUGACAAGAUCAUAGAAAGUAUACUUUUUAAAAAAAUUUAAUUAUUACAUGGGGGGCGGGGGGUGGUGUUCUUCCCAGAAGAAAUUUUUCUGGCAUGUGGUCUGUAAGCUUAGCAUCAUUCAGGUUUUUUAUGUUCCAUUCUACUCAUUUUGUUCAAUUAGUUAGAAACAUGAAGAUGUUGAUUUUUUGACUUUUGCAACAAGAGUGAACUUGUCAAAUUCACCUUUUAUUAGUUGUAAGCAUCCUAUGCCAACGUAUUGUUAUCAUAAAUUCAUAGAAAUGUUUUUCCAAUAGGUAACAGACAUUGUAGCCUCCAAUUUUUAGGCUGUGUCCCCAGAACAGCCCCUGUAAAUGUCGUACACUUGAGUCUUACUCAGACAUGAAGACAAAACACCAUUGUAGAAGAUGAAUGAUAUUGCUAUUCCUUUUCAGAAAAAUAAUAAUGGAUAACGAAAUGUAACUGCUGGGCAGCAAAGCUUCUGAGUGAAAUCUGUAGUAGUAGUGAGAAAUGUAUAGUCAUCAAGUGAAAACAGGAAAGGAUCUAUGAUUUAUGAUGUCUUAAUAGGCCCUCAAUUGUUCUUUAAUUAAAAUAGUGGCAGUCUCUGAAGUCAUUUGUGAGCUUGUAUGACUUUUGUAUUUAGCAAUGUUGCAUGCUCACAUAAUUGAUAUUAAAAGUAACACAUUUUUCUGAAAUGUACAAA